UAUCAGCAGCCACCACAUUGUACGAGCACAUCCUCUUGUCCAGCAGGAGCGGAAAACUCUCCCCACAGCCCCUUCCCUCCCUCUCCACACUCUCUCCAGCCUCACGUUUGCCAGAGCUGAGCCGAGCGACUGGCAGUCCUCUAAAGCCUGGUGCCUUUCUGGCCAGCAGAGUGGCACAAAGCACAGACAGGAAAGUUAAAACGGAGAGUUAGAGGAAGAGAGGUGAAGAUGACAUAUGGAGAGAAGGGACGGUACGGCUGUUCCUCUGUGUCUUUGCUCAAACAGGCAACUUCACAACCCCAAAAGCUCCGCGGUUUGAAUCUUGGUGUCAGCCAGUCUACCAGUCAAACACAUUUGAGAGUGUCAUUUGCGGUGGGACAUUGUGGCUGGUGGGUGACCUCAGAGGACGUCAGAGGGGACAGGCUGCAGAGGAGAGGGGACGACCUGUGGACAACAGCAAACACCAAGACUGAAAACAAGACCAGACCUGAGCAACGCGAUCCCACACAACCUGACACAGACUACACUGGAUACCACCACAAUGAACAGAUACUUUGACGUAAAUCCUGGGAAUUUUGGAAAAAUUUGGAAUUAUUGCCUGGACUCGGACUAAUAACCAACACUGGAGGAUAACAAGCUCUGGACUCUAUAAAAACCCAUCCGGAAAAAGACAACUCAACAAGAACACGGAAUCUAUCGUUUCUAAAGAUGAAAAGGCAAAGGACAUGAUUCAGAUAAUGUACUGACAAUGUGAUACUACACCAACGGAGCAGUGGGUAAACUUGUGUAUGUAAUUUUUUAAUCGGAUGGACAUGAUUAAAUAUUGAGUAACACAGACAUUGUGAACAUCAUUGCAGCUCUGGCCGGUUUUCAGUGACUGUCAAAGGCAUAACACAGCGAUAUGAUUUCUACACUCACCAUGUGUAUAUGAAAAAUCAUGAUGGAGAAAGAACGUGCAGCAUCUCCCCCUGACCUGCCCUGCCCCUCGCCCACAUCAGGGGGGCGUAGUCCAUCCCACACUGAGAUGUCAACUCAGUCAGACCCCAUCAGCCCCCAACCUGCAAAGAACACACAAAAUCAAGAUCAAGUCUCAACUGACGCACAACUGACCCAACAACGCACAGACACAGCCACUGUCAUGGAGGCUAAAGAAGAGGAGAGACCAGAGUUGAGGACAAACUCUCUCGAUACUCCAAAUGGGACACGAUCCUCUCCACCGCCCCUGCUCCCUGCUCCAGUUAAAGCUUCCUCACUGCGGCCUGAGCUGCCUUCGUCAUCCUCGUCUCCUCUUCCUCCUCACAUCCCAGUGAUCAGCCUGGGACACAGUAAGCCUCCUCUGCCUCUGACUACUCUGCACCCCAUCCCCAACCUGCUGCCAAACCUGCAGACAGACCCUCGGCGAGCACAGGGCGCCGGGCUCGGUAUUGGGGGUCCGGGGGGGUCACCUGGAGCUUUGAUGCCUCAGCAGUACACACCUAUGCACAGCUUCUUCACCAGCACUUACUUUGGGCCUUCAGGAGGAAGUUUUGGGGUCAUCGCCAACAGCCGGAGGAGACGGCCUUCCUCACACUAUGAGGUUGAAAUAAGUGAAUCAGGCCCUCCACAGAAGUUAGCUCGGCGUGUCUUUACUAACAGUCGUGAGCGUUGGAGGCAGCAAAAUGUGAAUGGAGCCUUUUCAGAGCUGAGGAAACUCAUCCCAACACAUCCUCCAGACAAGAAGCUCAGUAAGAAUGAGAUCCUGCGUCUGGCUGUCAAAUACAUCCACUUCCUGGUGGCGCUGCUCAACGACCAGGCUCAGGACGGGAGCGAGGGGGGCAGGACAGAGGAUGGGACAGUGGUACUAGGACAGGACUCUAACAAAAUGAGCAGCCCAUGCACUCCUCACUCAGCCUCUCUGCCCUCAGACCCACCCAACUUAACGACAGCUCACAGGGACUCCACAGACUCCAUCAUCGCUAUGCCCAACUCUCCAACAUCCUCCAGUUGCUAUGGAGAUACCGACAGUGAGGAAAGCUUUGGGGGCAAAAGCUCUUUGGUGAACCACAGCGUUUUGACAAAGGUUAAAGGUCAGAUGAGGUUGGUGCCCUCUACAAAUGAUGAGCGGUGACACGGACAGGACACAGCAUGUAUACAGUGGAGGGUACAAGAAUCUUAAUGUUAGAAACCACUGGAGUUUUAAACAGUGCAAUAAUUUAAGCAUGUAAUAAAAAUAUUUGAUAGUAAUUUGUAACUUUUAGGAGUAGGCAUGGCAUGAUAGGAAAACGUCAGCACCAGUAGAUGUAUUCAAACCACUUUGACAAAAUAAAUGAAGUGAGUUUUGGCAUUGUGGUGAAUACUAUUUUAUAAAUAAUAGAAUGCAUGUGUGACAUUAUCAGCAAAGACAAAUCUGUAUGUUGCUUUUCAAACUAGCAAACACACUUGCACCAGACAGAAAUAAAAUGUUCGAGUUUGCUGUUCCUUA